UUAAGUUAACUAACGCUCCGAAAGCUUUGAUGUGUGUUAGAUUGUCUUAUGAUGUGUUGUUCUGUUAAACGGUUUCCUUUAUUGUUUGUGUUUCUGUGUCUAGUUUCGCGUAGUGUCGCGGAUGCACAAGAAGAGAAUCAUUUAACGUGCGGUAGACGUAAGGUGAAGUCAAUUUACCUCAUCCAUAACGGUGUAGACGCGAAGGCCGGUCACUGGCCGUGGCAUGCAGCGAUAUUCUAUCGAAAUAAGGAACACAAUGAAUACGAAUGCGGUGGAUCCAUCCUUGAUCACAACACUAUUCUCACCGGUAUCACCAUUGUUAUCAUUUUACCAGCAUCCCAUUGCGUGUAUACGGCUGGAGGUGUGAUUUCUGCAACCCGCGUGUUAGUACACGUGGGACAAAACCAUCUUGAAAAGGCAAGUGAGUACACGCAGAUACACGAUGUACGGGAUAUCAUAGUACAUCCCGGGUUCAGCAGCAACAGCAUCAUCCACGACAUUGCGCUUAUAAAGCUCAGGACUAACAUCACAAUGACCAAGUACGUCCAGCCCGUCUGUCUAUGGACAAUGGACAGUAAGCAGGAUCUGAUCGUCGGCAAAAAUGGCACGAUCGUUGGAUUCGGCUUAAAUGAGCAGGACGUUGUGUCGCAGCAGCUGAAGCAGGCCUUGGUUGGUGUGGUGGAUGCAUUGACGUGCAUCGCAAGCGAUCGCACGGUGUUUGGCACUCAUCUAACAACGGACAUGUUCUGCGGGAAAGGACAGAAGGGUGUGAGUGCUUGCAAUGGAGAUAGCGGCGGUGGCAUGUUCUUUGAAAUCGGUGGCAAGUGGUACGUCAGGGGACUGGUAUCGUUCACUCCGUUGCGCGGAAAUACAGGAUUGUGUGAUCCGCUCAAGUACACUGCCUAUACCGAUGUGGCCAUGUACCUGGAAUGGAUUAAGCCGCACAUUGAUCAGCGCGUGCUGUCCUACGACAGCGAUGUGCUGGACAUUGAUUACGAGGAGAAACUGCGGCUGUUCAAUUUUAAAACGUGCGGCGUAAAACAAUUUAUCGUUUAUCCGGAUGGUGUUUCACGAUUUACGAUACCCUGGCUUGGGUUUGUCAGAGUAGGAAUUGAAGAUGAGCCUAGGUGUGCUGUUAUACUGAUAAAUGAAUGGUACGCGGUCGGACCUGCACAUUGUUUCGAAAAUGACGCGAUUGAGUAA